GGGCGGCUGUAGCUCAGAAUUCGGGUUGUAUUCUUGCUUCAACAGUGUUUGGACGGAAUAGAACCCUAGUUUCUUCCUCACUAGUCUAACCUUUUCAAGAAAUUUUUUUUAACACUUCUUCUUUGGACAACCGCAGCAAGAUCAGAGAAUGGCUUCCCAGGUUCGCCAGAAUUACCACCAGGAUUGCGAAGCGGCUAUUAAUCGCCAGAUUAACAUGGAGCUCUAUGCUUCUUAUGUCUACAUGUCUAUGUAUGCCUUCUUUGACCGGGAUGAUGUUGCUCUGAAACACGUCGCCAAAUUUUUCCAGCAUCAGUCCCAUGAGGAACGGGAACAUGCAGAGAAGCUGAUGAAGUUUCAAAAUCAACGAGGGGGCCGUGUGAUCCUUCAGGAUGUCGCGAAACCUGACCGUGAUGAAUGGAGCAAUACUCUAGAAGCCAUGAGGUGUGCCCUCCAUCUGGAAAAGACUGUGAACCAGUCUCUGCUGGAGCUGCACAAAUUGGCUUCUGACAAGGUCGAUCCUCAUAUGUGUGACUUCCUGGAAACUCACUAUUUGGAUGAACAAGUCAAGGCUAUCAAGCAGCUUGGUGACUUCAUCACCAACCUGGUCCGUAUGGGAGCUCCCCAGACUGGCAUGGCAGAGUACCUGUUUGACAAGCACACCCUGGGAGAGAGCAGCAGCUAAAAGAUCCACCACUUUGAAAUCAGUGUGCCUCUAAAACCACCUACAAAAUGUUCUUUUUAACAAGUGUUUUUUUGUCUACCUUUUUUGAAUGGAGUCAGGUUUUUGGUACUACCUUUUUUCAUGGGUAUUAACUCUGAAUUUGAGUAAGGGAAAGGUGAAAGUAAACAUGCUUUUGGGUCAACUUCAGUGAAACCUUCUAUCAAGUGCACAAAUUGUGAAGCUAUAUGGCACAGCUGCUGAUUUAAGUAAAUAAAAAGUUUAAGUGUU